AUGGAAAUUUCCGUGGACAAGGAUAUCCUGAAAAACUACAAAUUUCGCGGCCGGAUCUCAGCAGCAUAUCUCGCUUGGGACAGACGACAGAUGGAUAUUACCAUACAAAAAGGAAUAUACAAGUCCUUUCCUUACAUUGAGAUCCUCAAGGAUUUGAUCAAGGCAAACGAGAUGCUCUGA